GGCCUAUAUACACUUAUUGCGUUGAAGAAUUAAUCUAAAUCUAAUUGGUGUAUCAUUAAACAUUUAUAUAGUUUCUGUGUCUGCUGAUAAACUAAACGAAUUAUUGGAUUCUUCUUGAUAUUAGGGUGUAAGAAGUGAAUGAAAAAUGGCAGAUGAUAAAAAUAAUGGAGCUGUGUAUCCAUCUCUAGUAGAUAAAGUAGAAGGACAAGUGUUGGAGAAGGAAUCGGAAACCAGCACCGAACGAGGAAAUUGGUCCAAUAAAUUAGAUUUUUUACUCUCUUGUCUUAGUUAUGCCGUAGGACUUGGAAAUGUUUGGAGGUUUCCAUAUUUGUGUUAUAGAAAUGGUGGAGGUGCUUUUUUGAUACCAUUCCUGGUGAUGUUGUUUAUAACUGGUAUACCAUUAGUAUUUUUAGAACUUUCUUUUGGACAGUUUGCAAGUCAAGGUGUAGUCUCUAUUUGGUCUAUUAGUCCAAUCUUUCAAGGUGUUGGUUGGGCAAUGUUUGUAGUAUCUGUACUUAUAGCAAUAUAUUAUAAUAUGAUCAUAGCUUGGACACUUUACUACCUCUUCGCUUCUUUUGCCAAAGUUCUUCCAUGGAGUUUCUGUGGUGCGUGGAGUACUGAAGCUUGCCUUGAGAAUCGAGAACACAUACAGAACUGUACUCUAUAUAAUGGAACAUUUUAUAAUAAUACAUGUUAUACUGUUGAUAUGGUUGGACAAGCUACUUUUAAUUACAUGCAGAAUUCCACUAAUAGUUCUUUAGCUAAAUCGAAGUCUCCGAGUGAUGAAUACUUCCAUGAAUAUGUAUUAGAUAUAACUGAAGGUGUUGAACAUAUGGGAGGUGUUAAAUGGGAAUUAGCUUUAUGUUUAUUAUUAGCCUGGGUUUUAGUCUGUAUAUGUCUGGCUAAUGGAAUUAAAACUUCAGGAAAGGCUGUAUAUUUCACUGCUUUCUUUCCUUACAUUGUAUUAACUAUCUUGUUAGUACGUGGUUUAACAUUGGAAGGUUCUCUUGAUGGUAUACGAUACUUCUUUACCCCAAAAUGGGAAAAGUUGGCUAGCGCUAAGGUAUGGGGAGAUGCUGCUGUACAGAUUUUUUUCUCACUAUCACCUGGAUGGGGAGGGUUGAUUACAUUAGCAAGUUUUAAUAAAUUCAACAAUAAUUGUUACAAAGAUGCUGUACUUGUAUCUAUAUUAGAUUGUGCUACUAGUGUGUUUGCUGGUAUGGUGAUAUUUUCUAUUAUUGGUUAUAUGGCUAAUGAGAUGAACCAAAAUAUUGAUGAAGUAGCUAGUGAAGGGGCUGGUUUGGCAUUCAUUAUAUAUCCUGAAGUUGUAACAAGAUUACCUAUAUCUCAACUGUGGGCUGUUCUAUUCUUUAUGAUGUUAGUAACCUUAGGACUAGGAACACAGAUUGCUACAGUAACAACUGUUCAUACAACACUAAUGGAUCGGUUCCCUACAGUAUUCAGUCAAGGAAAGCGAUCUGUCUGUUUAUUAAUUGGGAUAGCUUUUAUCUGUUAUCUGAUUGGUCUGUCUUUCUGUACCAGGGGUGGUAUGUACAUUCUUCAGCUGUUUGAUAAUUUUGCAGCCAGUUAUUCUUUGUUGAUAGUUUGUUUUACAGAAUGUGUUGCUAUAGCUUGGGUUUAUGGUGCUGAGAGAUUUUUAUCUGAUAUAGAAACGAUGUUGGGUAAACGACCACCAAAAAUCUGGGUCAUUAGCUGGAAAUUCAUUGCUCCAAUUGCUUUACUGGUUAUUCUUAUCUUCACUUGGAUUGACUUUAAACCAACUAAAUAUGGUGACCUGAUAUUUCCAGCUUGGGCUGAUGGUGUUGGUUGUCUAAUAACACUUGCUUCUGUAUUAUGUAUACCAAUCUUUGCUUUUAUUACAGUAUUCAAACAGUAUCGUAACUCUAACACUACUAUCAUUCAGGCCAUCAAAGUGUCAUUACGUCCAUCCGAGAAUUGGGGACCAGCACUGAAGAGUGAUAAGAUGGCUCGGGAGGCAGUUGGUGUUGGUGGUAAUCCAACAGAUACCUUCCAGUCUCAAAUUCCAUUAACAAUGGCAACUAAUAACGAAACAGAAUUUAAUGGAAUAAUGCCACCACCAACAACAAAAUGUUAAUAUAAUUAAAUGCAGAACUGAACAAUUCCAUCAUCAGCAUAAUAAAUUUGCCAUCAAUAAUGAACGAUUAUCUUCAGGGAUUGUUGUCUAUGUCUUCAGGAGUUAAAAGGUUUGUUUUGAAAGUAAUAUUUAAAUUGUCCGUCUGGUAAAAUCUGUCAUGAUAUUGUUAUGUUCUAGUUUACGGAUCAUUAGAAAUAGCAAUGAUAUCCUAAUGACAAUAAAUAGAACAAAACCUUACAUAUGGUAAACUUUUAGAACCAAUGUUUGAUUUGAUGAACAAACAGCUGUAUGUCUUGCAUUAGAUUUUGAAUCAGACUUGUUUUUAUUAUAGUAGAUUUCUACAGAAACCAAAGAUAUUUGUUCCACAUGUCCAUUGAUGUGUUCUCCACUUCUUUUUAUUGUCUGCCUUUCACUUGCAGCUUAAACCUUAGAAACAGAAAAUUUUCAAGCCAUAAUUAAAUUGAAUAUAUUGUUGUCCAUUCAAUACUGAAAACAAAAUUAUAGGAUUCUUCAACUAUUAUUAUUAUUGUAGCUAAAUGAAAAUAUACCAGUGCUUGUGCAUAUGAUAGACAACAGCUUUAACUGUUAUUAACAUACAGCUGUCUUCCUUUGCUGUUGGUGUACCAUUAUUCUAAUUGUACAUUUUUUAUUGAAAUGCUUGUGCAGGAAAGAGUAUCUGUUUAUUAAAGGGCCAAUCUCGAUUAUAUUUUGGAGAAUAAAACUGCUUAAUUUUGAGUGCAAAGCACUUAAAAACCUUUACAAGAGACUGUUAAAAUCGGGAUGGUCCCUUUAAGUUGUUUAAUGGUGUUGAGCAAGACGUUGUGUAAUGUAUUAAAUGAACACUCUGGCUGACGCCCUCGUAAAGUAUCCUUAUAUUUCUUAUUUAUAGCUUUAACUCUCAUCAUUAUAGGCUAUAGCUAUACCAGUGCUUGUACAUUGUAUAUAUAUAAUAAAUGUCAUAGUUCAAUCUGUCUAUUUUUAUAUUCAUUUAUUGUUUAUUUUGCGUUUAUUCAUAAUCGCUAAAAAAUACUUUAUUUUCAUAUAAAAGUUAACAGAUUUUAUUAUGAAUAUGUAUGAAAUAUUCCAAUAAAAGAUUGAGGCAUGUAAAUUAAUUGUUUGUUUAAAAAAUGUUUGGUUGCCUAGUGUGUGGUUUGAACUUGGCCUUAAGGGUUUGGGCUUCAUUUUUUUUGUUUUAUUUAAAUAUUUUAUUUAUCAAAAUUUAUUCAAACUCAAAUAUAAAUUAAACUUGACUAAGUCCAAAACUCUUAUGUAUGAAAUAAUUAAUUAGCUUUUAAAACAAUCUUUUCUAUUAUUAGAUAAUGAACAAUUGAAUACUUUGUAUGUUGAGUGGUGAAGUGUUUGUAUAUAUGCUAAUAAGUCUUCUAAACAUAUAUGUUUUCUCAAACUUAGUUAGGUCAUUUCAUGAAUCUUUUAAACUUAUUUUCAUCUGAAGUAUGAUAUUUGUAAGUAUGAUUAGUACUCUAGGGCAUGUACCACUGAGUAGAUUACCCACCCUUAGCCCAGUAACACCUUUACAGUAAAAUGUAUACCGGUAAAUUGUCCACAAAAAAGCUUAAAAAUUAGCUUGAAAGAAAUGCUUUUAGUGACAAAUAUAUUUUUUCUUGGUCUUAAUGCAGAAACUUAUUAUUAAGAACUGUUUUAUUUCUCAGGCAUGGAUAUGUACAGUAUAUUAAAAUUGUGAUAAGAUUUUGUUAAGUUGUAUGUUAGCCAUUGUAUAUAAUAAAAUGUAAACACAUUCGUUGUUAAUAAGAGCAAAAUUGUUUUGAAACUCAGACUUUUGUACUAAAUUAUAAGGGUUUGUCUGAAAGUGUGUUAAAUUUGUUAAUGUAUUAGGUUAGAUCAUAUUUGUGACAAGGUGUUGUUCUCAGUUAUGAUUGCCUUAAUUAAUGUGUUUUGUUCAAAACUGAGAUAAAUUUGGUUAUAUCAAUUUGUUAUUUUAAGUUAGCAUAGGUGUCAAGUUCUUUUUGGAUUAUUCUAAAUCUACCAUUAUAUUGUGUUAAAAUUUCAUUGUGUUCUAUCUCCUAAGGAAUGUGAAACUUUGUUCAAAUUUUUUAUAUCUUUGCUUACUGGAAAAGGUUUGAAUCUUACUUUUUUCAGCAUCAAAUUUAGUUAAUUACUGGUAUUCUCUUCUGCCCACUUAUGUUUCUUUUCACUCCUCAUUCAAAUUGAUAUAAAAUAAUUCAAAUAAUGCCAAAAAUUAUAUCCAUAGUAUGUCUGUUAGCUAUUAUUAAUUAUUAUAAUCUAAAAAAUAUGAAAUUCUUAUGGAAACAUUGGUUUUCAUUAGUAACACUCAUAUCCGUUUUUUUUUUUGUUGUUGUUUUUUUUGCAAGUUACUGACUUCAGAUUUGAUUUGAAUUUAUAUUAUUGGGCGUGUGCCAACUGGCCAUAUUUGGAUAAAUGCAGUAGUAUUAGUUAAGAGAGUGUUAGGUGUUGUGUAUCAUAAAAUAAAGGCAGCAUUAUGAUGGAUCUAUUUUUUUCUACAAUUUUAUGCUUCAUGACAUUUAAUAUAAUUGUGAUAACACUUUCUGUCCUUGUCUCACUGUUCAAAAUGCUCAAUUUAUAAAUGAUUUUUAUGCACCCCCAUUGAAAUGUGGUCAUAUGUUGUCAUUACCCCAGUCUGUUGGUCAGUUAUCCACAAGCUCUAUAGCCUAGAGUUACCACCUGAUUGAUUUGAGGGAGUUGGAUGGCCAAAUGGUUAGCAUGUGCGGGCUAUAUCGUAAGGUCUGUCAUUGAGUCAACUGGCGGAGUUUCAAUUCCCCGGUUGUACGUGACAAGGAGAAAGGUUACCUGUCCAACCUCGUGGGGUUUUUCCGGGUCCUCCGGUUUCCUCCCACUACUGAAGACCCCUACGCGAUGAAGAGGCCUAUUUAUAAUAUGAUCACUUAGAAACAUCUUAAUUGGAAAUUCAAAAAAGGUGUUGUGUUCACAAGAUGAAGAAUCCAAUUUAUUUUCAAAAAUUUCCGAUAACUGGAACACUCCGCUAAAGUUAUCUGAUUAGUUAUCUGAUUAUCGGUACAUGUUUUGUUUAUGUUAAAUCUAUGAAGAACUAGAAGUCUAUCAAACUUCAACUAUUUGUGAUAAUUACUUCAUGGGUUGCUGUCCUUGUUUAGGUUUUAGUGUAAGUAUCCUAUUACCUACAAAGGAUAAAAAUGUGACAGCCUUAUGACAACUUAGCUGCUUUGGGCAAAUGGUUUGAUGUCUGGCAUUCUAUCUUUGUGAUUAAACAUCAACGCACACAAUUUUCCAAACACAUAAUCAACCAUGAGGACUGAGGACGUUUCAAAAUUCAUUAUUCAUAUUUUGAACAAUUUAUGGUUGAAUCAUGUGAUUCUUUAAUUCACUCAAAUAUAUAGAUUUUUUUUGAUACAUCACCUUUGUCUGUGCUUUCAGAGGUGAUAGUUCAUGAUUUCUCAGAAAAAGCUUGUGUAUGCUAAGGCCAAUGUUAUCAUAUUGACUUGAAAUGUAUACAUGGCAAUUCUAUUCAAGACCCCAAAACACAUAUUAAUUUUCAUUGAUUUUUGGUACAUGUUAUGAUUAUGUUAGCGUACACAAUCUUCAUUAUUUCUGAUAAUUGCUUCACUGGAUGUUGUUCUUGACAAGUUUUUUAUACGCCCACAUGUGGACGUAUAUUGUCGUCGCCCCUGUCCGUCCAUCCGUCUGUCCGGACGUCCAUAAUUCUUUGUGAACAGUCUACAGGUCAAAAUUUUUAUCCGAUUUCAAUGGAACUUGAAUUAUAGGUUUAUCACCCUUAGAUCUCGGUUCCUUUUGAUAUUGGCAUGUAUCAGACUGUAACUUCAUGGUUGUACGAAAAAUCACGUUUUUAGCUUGUGAACACUGUAGAGGUCACAAUUUUUAUCCGAUUUAGUUUAAACUUGAAAUGAAUGAUUAUAACCCAAAGAUCUUGGUUCCUUUCGAUAUUCGCGCAUAUCGGAACCUAACUUCCUGAAUUAUGGCCCCUGAUUGUACGAAAAAUCGCGUUUUAUCUUGUGGACCCUAUAGAGGUAAUAAUUUUCAUCCAAUUUAAAAAAACAUAUUAUAUCACCGUUUAACCCUAAGGACGGCUGAGUUCGAAUUUCUUGAAAAUCACCCCAAAAAUGACAGACAAAAUGGCCGCCGUUCGUUCUCAAAUAGCGUAAAAAUAUGGUAUAUCAAGGUUGUGGGCCCUAUAGAGGUCACAAUUUUUAUCCGAUUUUGUUGAAACUUGAAAUGUAAGUUUAUAACACAAAGAUCUCAGUUCCUUUCGAUAUUCGCGCAUAUCGAAUUGUAAUUUCCUGAAUUGUGGCCCUUGAUUGUAGGAAAAAUCACUUUCUUGUUAGCUUGUUCUCUAUCCAUCUCUCGAAAAUGUGGGCGUAUCCUGCCUGGCAGCCGCUGGUUGUUUCUUGUAAAAGAAUGACAAUGUGACAGCCUUUAUGGACAGCACAGACAACUUAGCUGCUGUUAUAAUAUGUGUUAAUUCCUAUCAAUCUAUGUUAUAUUCUAUGCAUUGGCUAAUGAAGAUGGGCAUACACCAGUGUGCUAUAAGGGAAAUUUUGCCCAUACAGCAACACUACAGCCUACUCUUAUAUCAAAUUCAAACUGCCAAGGGAUGAUUGACGUGCACGCCUAUGUGUACACAGGACCUCGUUUUUUUCGUCCCAUCCAAAUGACUAUACGUCCCUUACCAGGCCCUCUGUCCCACCCUACUGACAAGGGGGAAAAAGCCGGAAAAUGAAGGGAUCGAACACUGGACCUCCAGAUUAGCGAUCCAACGUCUUACUCACUUAGCCACCUUAUAUAAUAUGUACAGGACGAUUUGUUUAUUAUUUUAGGCUUUUGCUGUGGCUUAAUGAAUUUUAUUUUAUUUAUGCUAGAAUUAUUAAUGUAAACAUUUAUUUCUAUGAUUUUGGGAAAAUUGUCCCUUGUUUAUAUUAUUUUAUAGGUUUUAGUAAAUAUUUAUCAAAAUAUAUAUUGCAUGUGUUAUUAUAUAAUUUUUAAUCUUAUGACAUUUUGUUUUCCUAGAUAAAUUCCCUUAAAAUAGUUUUAUUAGUCAAUGUCACUGUGACAACCUUAUGUAAACAAAUUAGCCUUCCGAGAUAUUGCCCCGGGCCCUUAUUCACGAAAACUUAAACUAAGUUACAACCGAAAUUUUAAGAAAUACUGCAACUUCAUUGGAUAUAUGCAAAUUGAUUUUACUGGUCAGCCAAUCGAAUUGCAGUAUUUGUUAAAAUUUCGAUUGUAUCUUCUUAGUUUAAGUUUUCUUGAAUAAGGGCCCCGCUGGGGAAGGCAACAAUAGAUCAUUGAAAUGACAUUGUAAACCAAAAAAUUACCAGUAAGGAAAUCAGAAUGAUAACAUUUGCCAUAGCUCAAAGUAUUUAUGUAAUAUUGGAAAGUGAAGAUUAAUGUUGUUUAUUUUUCAGUUUAUAAGUGCUAUUUUAAAAAAUAUGAUUUGGGUAAACUACUACAAAUUACACAACCUUUCAUUAUCAAGACCGCUUUUUCAGUGCCAUGUAUAUCAAUAUAUAUUUUUCUUUGUAUUAAAUGUAUAUUAACUUUGUUUACCAUAUGUAUAUUUUGUUUAUCUCUGCUGUUUGUAGUGUCCUGUGGCACAUUUUACCAAGCCUAGGUUAAUUUAUGUACAAGUAGGUUGUAUAUUUUAUGAAAUGUUCAAUUUACAUGUACGUAAGUCUUACUUGUGCUUUGUGCGACAGGUCAAAAGGAAUGUAUUAUACCUGUAUAUAUGUGUAUUUUAUAUAAAGGAUAAAUCUCA